AUGACCGAAGUCAGUGUUGUAACUUGCAAAACGGAUGAGAAAGAAAUUCUGGUACAAGAACAUGUACAACUGGGUGUUAAGUUGGAGACUGAGGUGAUCGUAAAACAAGAAGUAGUGGAAUGCUUCGUAUGUCUGGGUCGGAGCCGUGAACACUGCGACCUGAGCACCGCUAACACCAGUUCCGGGACGUCAUUACAGGACUUCCUGUGUAAAUUCACGAACUCUGAUUUGUCCAAGUCGACGGUUAGUUCCAAAUUUGUGUGCAAAACGUGCCUCAAUCUAGUUAAUGUCCUAGAACAAGCAGAAAUAGAGUAUAUUAAGCUAAAAGAGGAAUUCAAAUCUAUCAUUAAUAAGAACCCACUGUUUGAAAGUUCUUUACAAGAUGAUGUUAGUCUCGAAUCUAUUAAAAACGAGUGUCUGGAGUCAGUCGCCGAAAACGAUAAUGAUUCUGAAGACGAACCUCUGGCUCUCACCAAGAAGAAGAGGCAUCGGAAGGUUGACAAGAGGAAAAAGAAAUCAAUGAGCGAUGUUAAACAUAAAGUUGUCUCCAAGGAAAAUGAAGGAUGGGAGUGUGGUGAGUGUUCUGCCCAGGGGUCAUCGGGAGGUCCCCUGGCGGGCGCCACACAUGUGCUGCUCGCACACACACUCACCUCUGUUGAUCAACUCAAGAAGGAGGAGUCGGACAGAUCACAGAGUCCAAGCUUCACAGAGCUGGACACCAAGUUCAACAUCAAGGUGGAGGGGUUCGAGGACGAUGACAACAGCUCCAACUACGCUCCCGACGACCGACACGCGAGGAACAGACUGAGGACCAGAGGGAAGAGAAAACACAAGGAGAAGGAUCCUAAGGUGGUGCACCACUGUGACCAGUGUGACGCAAAGUACACCUCGCUCGUGCGACUGGAACAUCAUAAGCGGAAGCACGACGACUCCAAGCCGCCCUACAUCUGCGAGGUGUGCGGCGCCCACUACAAACACAAGCGAGCCUGCGACAUACACGUGGCCAUGCACAAGGGGAUCAGCGACUGGAAGUGUGAGGAGUGUAACAAACUGUUCCCGUCCAAGGGCGCCCUGCAGAGACACAACAAUAUCCACACCGGCAAGCUCAACUACCAGUGCGACCUGUGCGGCAAGUCCUUCAUCCACACGUCGUCCUUCAAGAUGCACAAGCUGUCCCACUCGGGCGUGAAGCCCCACUCGUGCGAGGUGUGCGGCCUGGCGCUCAUGACCCGCUCCCACCUCAAGCGUCACGCGCGCGUCCACUCCGGGGAGAAGCGUCACGAGUGUCCGGUAUGCGGGAAGCGCUUCUCCGAGCGCUACAACCUGGUGGCGCACGCUCGAUCACACGCGGAGGGCGGCGCGGGGGCGGGGGGGCGCGGGGGCGGCCGCGGUGGCCGGCGCCCGGCGGAGGCUGUUCCGCUGCUCCUUCUGCCCGGAGAGGUUCGAGCGGCGCUACAUGCUGGAGAGGCAUGCGGGUGCCGCCCACGGCCGCGCGCUCGAGCGACCCCCGCCCACGCCGCGGAACACCAUGAACCCUCCGUCAAGCAACUGUCUCAGAUCUCCAGCCCGGCCGAGGUCGGUAGUUCCUGGACGGGGGCCUACGUGGCGGAGUUCGGUCUGCGGACGGACUACACUCACUGA